GUGCUGUUUUGUGGAAAGGGGCGGAAGGCGGGGGAGAAAAAAGGAACAGAAACAUGGCGGUCAGGUCUUGGGACGGCGGCGCCGCGGGCAGCUCCUAGGCGACGCGCCGCCCGCACUGUCCGACGGCUCACAGCGCGGAGGCACCCGCGCGGGCCAGCGCUCCGGCCAUUGCCCCUGGCUGUAGGCGGCGCCCCUCGGAGACCCUGCCCGCGAGGCCGCGCAGGCGCAGACCGGACCGAGGCGGCGGUGGCCGCUGGAGCUAGUCCCCCGCCCUGCCCUGCCGAGCGCGCCCAGGCCGCGAAUCCGGUGCUUUCUUGCCCCAGGAAGAAGCCGUGUCGGGGUUGCGCUGACAGAGGAGCAGGCAGCAGAAAAUACAGUAGCAGCCAUGAUAGAAGACAAAGGACCAAGAGUGACAGACUACUUUGUCGUAGCUGGUCUCACUGACACAUCUACUCUUUUGGAUCAAGAAAUAAAUCGUUUAGAUACUAAGUCAACUGGACCUAAAGCUCCAAUUACAGACAUUGCCAUUAUUAUCAAAUCAGCUGGAGAAACAGUACCUGAAGGUUACACCUGUGUAGAAGCCACUCCAUCAGCUCUCCAAGCAAACUUGAACUAUGGAAGUCUGAAAAGCCCAGAACUUUUCCUCUGUUAUAAGAGAGGGAGAGAUAAACCACCGCUUACAGAUAUUGGAGUUCUAUAUGAAGGGAAAGAACGGCUUAUUCCAGGAUGUGAAGUGAUCCUAGCCACACCCUAUGGUCGCUGUGCCAAUGUCAACAAUAGUUCAACUACUUCACAAAGAAUCUUUAUCACUUAUCGAAGGGCUCCUCCAGUUCGACCCCAGAAUUCCUUGGCUGUAACUGAUAUCUGUGUUAUUGUAACCAGUAAAGGAGAAACUCCUCCUCAUACCUUCUGCAAAGUUGACAAAAACUUAAAUUGUGGAAUGUGGGGUUCCAGCGUGUUUCUGUGUUAUAAGAAGUCUGUACCUGCUUCAAAUGCAAUAGCAUAUAAGGCUGGUUUAAUUUUUAGAUAUCCAGAAGAGGACUAUGAGUCAUUUCCACUCUCAGAAUCAGAUGUACCUCUUUUCUGCCUUCCUAUGGGAGCUACUAUUGAGUGCUGGGAUCCUGAAACCAAAUAUCCACUUCCAGUUUUUUCAACUUUUGUCUUGACAGGUUCUUCAGCCAAAAAGGUAUAUGGAGCUGCCAUUCAGUUUUAUGAACCUUACUCUCGGGAACUUCUAUCAGAGAAACAGCUUAUGCACCUGGGCUUGUUGACGCCUGUGGAGAGAAAAAUGGUCUCCAAAUCCAUCAAUACAAACAAAUGCAUUUGUUUACUCUCACACUGGCCUUUUUUUGAAGCUUUUAGGAAAUUUCUUAUGUUUAUCUACAAACUUUCUGUGUCUGGACCACAUCCUCUUCCCAUUGAAAAGCACAUUUCACAUUUUAUGCAAAACAUCCCUUUUCCUUCACCACAAAGACCGAGAAUCCUUGUCCAGCUGUCAGUCCAUGAUGCAUUAAUAUUAUCACAGCCAGUUUCUACACCUUUACCACUAAGUGGAGCCAACUUUAGCACCUUGCUAAUGAAUCUGGGUCCUGAGAAUUGUGCAACACUGCUGCUCUUUGUUUUACUUGAGAGUAAAAUUCUGCUGCAUUCUCUUAGGCCAGCUGUCUUGACUGGGGUAGCCGAAGCUGUUGUAGCUAUGAUCUUUCCAUUUCAGUGGCAAUGCCCAUAUAUUCCCCUUUGUCCUCUUUCACUGGCUGCAGUGCUUAGUGCACCUUUACCAUUUAUAGUUGGAGUUGACUCAAGGUAUUUUGAUCUUCAUGACCCACCACAAGAUGUUGUUUGCAUUGACUUGGAUACGAACAUGUUAUAUGUAUCAGAUGAAAAGAAGAACAUGAACUGGAAGCAACUUCCCAAAAAGCCGUGCAAAAAUCUACUUAGCACCUUAAAGAAAUUGUAUCCCCAGCUGUCUUCAGUUCACCGAAAAACUCAAGAAGGCUCAGCGAUUGACAUGACUCCAAUUGAAGCAGAUUUCUCCUGGCAAAAGAAGAUGACACAGCUUGAGAUGGAAAUUCAAGAGGCAUUUUUGCGCUUUAUGGCGUCUAUUUUAAAAGGAUAUAGAACAUAUCUCAGACCAAUCACAGAGGCUCCUUCAAAUAAAGCCACAGCUGCUGAUUCAUUGUUUGACCGACAGGGGUUUUUAAAAAGUCGAGAUCGUGCCUAUGCAAAAUUCUAUACCCUUUUAUCCAAAACACAGAUUUUUAUUCGUUUCAUUGAAGAAUGCAGUUUUGUAAGUGAUAAAGAUACUGGAUUAGCAUUUUUUGAUGACUGCAUAGAAAAGUUGUUUCCUGAUAAAGGCACAGAGAAAACAGAUAAGGUUGAUUUUGAUUCAGCAGAAGAUACCAGAUUGAUAGAACUAGAUGAUUCACAGAAAAGUGAGCAUACUGUAUUUAUAAUGCCGCCAGAGCCACCUCCUGAUGAUGGAAAGGACCUGUCACCAAAGUACAGUUACAAAUACUUUCCAAGACUGGACCUUAAGCUUUUUGACAGACCGCAGGAGUUGAAACUUUGUUUUAGUAGACACCCUACUGGGAAUAGCAUUACAAAGAGUCCAGCUCUCAUGGCUAAGAGAACUAAACAGGAAAUAAAAACAGCUCAUAAAUUGGCGAAGAGAUGUUAUACAAAUCCACCACAGUGGGCCAAGUGUCUGUUUAGUCAUUGUUACAGUUUAUGGUUUAUUUGUCUUCCGGCCUAUGUUAGAGUUUCUCAUCCUAAAGUCAGAGCACUUCAGCAGGCAUAUGAUGUACUUAUUAAGAUGAGGAAAACAGAUGUGGAUCCCUUAGAUGAGGUGUGCUAUCGAGUAGUGAUGCAGCUUUGUGGACUUUGGGGUCAUCCUGUUUUAGCAGUGAGAGUCUUAUUUGAAAUGAAAACUGCUAGGAUAAAGCCUAAUGCUAUUACUUAUGGUUAUUAUAAUAAGGUAGUCUUGGAGAGCCCGUGGCCUAGCAGUACCCGCAGUGGUAUUUUCUUAUGGACGAAGGUACGGAAUGUGGUACAUGGCUUGGCACAGUUUAGGCAGCCGCUUAAAAAGACUGUGCAAAGGUCACAGGUCUCCUCAAUAUCAGGUGGUCAGUCUGACCAAGGAUAUGGGUCUAAGGAUGAACUUAUAAAGGAUGAUGCAGAAAUUCAUGUGCCUGAAGAACAGGCAGCAAGAGAAUUGAUAACUAAAACAAAAAUUCAAACAGAAGAGGUGUGUGAUGCCUCUGCUAUUGUGGCAAAACAUUCACAACCUAGUCCAGAGCCUCACAGUCCUACUGAACCUCCUGCAUGGGGCAGCAGUAUUGUGAAAGUUCCGUCUGGUAUAUUUGAUAUUAACAGCAGGAAAAGUAGCACUGGUAGUAUAUCAAAUGUGCUGUUUUCUACUCAAGAUCCAGUUGAAGAUGCAGUCUUUGGCGAAGCUACUAAUCUCAAGAAGAAUGGUGAUAGAGGAGAAAAAAGACAAAAGCAUUUUCCUGAGAGGAGUUGUAGUUUUAGUUCUGAAAGUCGAGCAGGAAUGUUGCUUAAGAAGAGUAGUUUGGAUUCGAAUUCAAGUGAAAUGGCUAUCAUGAUGGGAGCAGAUGCCAAGAUUCUCACAGCAGCAUUGACAUGUCCUAAGACUUCUCUACUUCAUAUUGCAAGAACCCAUAGCUUUGAGAAUGUUAGCUGCCACCUACCUGAUAGUAGGACUUGUAUGUCUGAAAGCACUUGGAAUCCUGAGCACAGAUCAUCUCCGGUGCCAGAGAUGCUUGAGGAAAGCCAAGAACUCCUUGAGCCUGUGGUUGAUGAUGUACCUAAAACUACUGCAACAGUAGAUACAUAUGAGAGUCUACUAAGUGAUAGUAACAGUAAUCAGUCCAGAGACUUGAAAACAGUAUCCAAAGAUCUGAGGAAUAAGAGAAGUAGUUUAUAUGGUAUUGCUAAGGUGGUUGAGAGGGAAGAUGUUGAAACUGGACUAGAUCCUUUGUCUCUUUUAGCCACUGAAUGUACAGGAGGAAAAACUCCUGAUUCUGAAGAUAAGUUGUUUUCUCCAGUUAUUGCACGUAAUCUGGCUGAUGAAAUAGAAAGCUAUAUGAACCUAAAAAGUCCCCUAGGUAGUAAAUCUUCUAGUAUGGAAUUACACAAAGAGGAAAACAGAGAGUCUGGCAUGACUACUGCAUUUAUUCAUGCUCUAGAGAGGAGAUCAAGCCUACCUUUAGAUCAUGGUUCACCAGCACAGGAAAAUCCUGAAAGUGAAAAGAGCUCACCUGCAGUGUCCAGGUCUAAAACUUUUACUGGGCGUUUCAAGCAGCAUCCCCCCUCUCGAACUCAUAAAGAACGUUCAACUUCUUUGUCAGCACUGGUGCGUUCUUCGCCACAUGGCUCGUUGGGUUCUGUAGUCAAUUCUUUGUCAGGGCUAAAGCUGGAUAAUAUACUCUCAGGGCCCAAGAUAGAUGUCCUGAAAUCUGGUAUGAAACAAGCAGCGACAGUAGCCAGUAAGAUGUGGGUAGCUGUUGCGUCUGCCUACAGCUACUCAGAUGAUGAGGAAGAAACUAAUAGAGACUACAGCUUCCCAGCUGGCCUAGAAGACCAUAUUUUGGGGGAGAAUAUAUCGCCUAACACAAGUAUCUCAGGGUUGGUCCCCAGUGAACUUACCCAGAGCAACACAAGUCUUGGCAGUAGCAGCAGUAGUGGAGAUGUAGGAAAACUGCAUUAUCCAACAGGUGAAGUUCCAUUUCCAAGAGGCAUGAAAGGGCAAGACUUUGAAAAAUCAGAUCAUGGUUCUUCUCAAAAUACCAGCAUGUCUAGCAUCUAUCAGAAUUGUGCAAUGGAGGUUUUGAUGUCCAGUUGUUCACAGUGUAGAGCUUGUGGAGCUUUAGUUUAUGAUGAAGAAAUUAUGGCUGGAUGGACAGCAGAUGACUCAAAUUUGAAUACAGCUUGUCCAUUCUGUAAAAGCAACUUCUUGCCUCUUCUCAAUAUAGAAUUCAAAGAUUUGAGAGGUUCUGCAAGCUUUUUCCUGAAACCAAGUACCUCUGGUGACAGUUUACAAAGUGGAAGCAUUCCAUUGGCAAAUGAAUCCUUGGAGCACAAACCUGUAUCCAGUUUAGCAGAACCUGACUUGAUCAACUUUAUGGACUUCCCAAAACAUAACCAGAUCAUAACUGAAGAAACAGGCUCUGCAGUUGAACCAAGUGAUGAAAUAAAGAGAGCCAGUGGAGAUGUCCAAACUAUGAAAAUUUCAUCUGUGCCUAAUAGUUUAUCAAAGCGAAAUGUGUCUUUGACUCGAAGUCACAGUGUUGGAGGCCCAUUGCAGAAUAUUGACUUUACCCAGCGACCGUUUCAUGGCAUCUCAACAGUUAGUCUUCCAAAUAGUCUGCAGGAAGUUGUGGAUCCUUUAGGAAAAAGACCCAAUCCUCCCCCUGUUUCUGUGCCCUACUUGAGUCCUUUAGUACUCCGUAAAGAACUUGAAUCUUUGCUAGAAAAUGAAGGUGAUCAGGUGAUUCAUACAUCUUCUUUCAUCAAUCAACAUCCAAUCAUUUUCUGGAACCUCGUUUGGUAUUUCAGACGUUUGGACCUUCCUAGUAACUUGCCAGGACUUAUCCUCACAUCUGAACAUUGUAAUGAAGGUGUACAGCUUCCUCUGUCAUCUUUGUCCCAGGAUAGCAAACUUGUGUAUAUUCAGCUGUUAUGGGAUAAUAUCAACCUUCAUCAGGAACCAAGAGAACCUCUGUAUGUCUCAUGGAGGAAUUUUAAUUCUGAAAAGAAAUCAUCUCUCCUGUCAGAGGAACAACAAGAAACAAGCACUUUAGUAGAAACCAUCAGGCAGAGUAUUCAGCACAAUAAUGUUCUUAAACCCAUCAACCUACUUUCACAGCAAAUGAAGCCAGGCAUGAAAAGACAAAGGAGUUUAUACAGAGAAAUCCUCUUCUUAUCAUUAGUGUCUCUAGGAAGAGAGAAUAUUGAUAUUGAGGCAUUUGACAAUGAAUAUGGAAUUGCAUACAAUAGUCUGUCUUCAGAGAUUCUUGAAAGGUUGCAGAAAAUUGAUGCUCCACCAAGUGCCAGUGUCGAGUGGUGCAGGAAGUGUUUUGGAGCGCCUCUCAUUUAGAUAGAGAUUCACUAGAAUUUUGACACACAUGGCUUGGGGAUUAGAUUUCAUCUGGAAACAUUCAAGAUUUUUUUUCCAAAUCGUAAGAACUGGUGAAUACGGAAUUGAAGUAACUCCUGGGGACAAUAUAUAAUGAAUUAUGAUUCAUAUUGCAUUAUCUUGAAAUAUGAAGUGCCAUUUAAAUGUCCCAGGGCUUAUUAAUAUUGAAGAUUUUCAACCCCUGAACUGCUUUUCUGCCUCUGUGGAAAACUACUUUGGGAUUCUUCAGUAUUUGUAGUAGUUUGAUAGAAAUAAUGAGGAACCAUAUUCAUUCUAGGCAUUGUUUAUAUUUGAAGUUACUGAGUUUGAGGAAUGGCAAAUUAAAUUUGCCUAACCCCCAAAACAAAUGAAAUAUCUCAAUUAUAAAAGCAACAUGGCCGGCCACGGUGGCUCAGGCCUGUAAUCCCAGCACUUUGGGAGGCUGAGCAAGGUGGGUGAAUCACUUGAGGCCAGGAGUUCGAGACCAGCCUGGCCAACAUGGUGAGACCCUGUCUCUACUAAAAAUACAAAAAUUAGCCAGGCGCACCACUGUAGUCCCAGCUACUCAGGCUGACGCAGGAGAAUCACUUGAACCGAGGCAGAGGCUACAGUGAGCGGAGAUGACGCCACUGCAACUCCAGCUUGGGUGACAGAGUGAGACCGUCUCAAAAAAAAAAAAAAAAAAAAAGCAGCAUAUUUGUGUAAGUUUGUAUAUGUGUAGGGCUGUGUAGGUAUGUAUAUAUACAGCCAUAUUCUAAGUGUAUAUUUAUUAAAAUAGAUUGCAUGUUGCAAUACAGUUUUCUGAAAGGGGUCUCAUUGACUAUUAAAUAAAUGACUACUACUAAACUUGUCUGUAGUCAUUAAUCUUAAAAUUACCUGAAAAUCUGAUGACAGCUGCCUUCCCUAACUUUAAUGUAUUAGGUUGGCACAAAAUUCAUUGUAGUUUUUGCCACUAUUAAUGGCAAAAACCGCAAUUAUUUUUGUACCAACAUAAUACACCUUUCAUAUUAUGUAUUAUCUUGCUUAAUGGGUUUUAUCUUGAUUAUCCAGUUACUUCCAUCCUCUUCCCAAUGUUAAUUUGCAGUAGUUUUAAAAUGGGAACAAAUGAAUCAAUCAUCAGAUAGUUAAAAUGAAAUUAAAUCAGCUGCCUAAUAAUUUAUGAAAUUCAUUGGAAUGUGCUUAAAAUGCUAAAGUGUAUGUCAUUGAACAUGAAAUAUUUUUUCAGGCACAUACAUUGUUGGUAUUGAUGACUUGUUAAAACCUGUGGGAUAAACUUGCACUGCACACUGGUUUUAUUCUUGUAUAUUUAGAUUUGUAUGCUUGUGAGUAAAAAUGUGCAUUUGUAAAUACUGUGUUUUUAGGUUGAAUCAAUUAAGUCUUAAAACUGUAAAUUUAUUAAGCUUGUUGCCAGUAGGUUUAAGAAAAUCAUGAUCUCACAUGCCUCACUUUGACAUUUAUCAUGCCUUUUAUUAAAAAUAUCCCUUAGGAACAGUAAGUUUGCCUUAACUCUCUGCAUGGUUUAAAAAGCCAUUGGUUUUGUGUGUUUACAGUAAUUAUGCAGAUGACUAAAUGAGUUGACACAGUAAAAUUACUUCCAUAUGGUACAGUAACAACCUAACUCCCUUCUACCUGAUGUAACCAUUUACAAAUUAUAGUUAUUGUACCAGUCUUUCAACAUUUCAGGGUUAAUCUGACCUAUGCAGAAUUCUAGUGUGAAUUUAUUGUGAAAAUGCUAAAUGAAACAAUUUGUCAGAAAUUACGUACAAUUUUCAUUACCUUCAAAAUGGAUCUUUUGCACUGAGAGUAUAUAUUUUUGCAACUCAAGACUUGGUACUAGUUUUAAUACUUAACACUUACUGACCCAACAGAAGUUUGGAAUUACCUUGCAUAUAAAAAUUGAGGUUGAAUAAAAUGAAAAAUUGUUUGUUGUUUUCUGUUACAUUAAGCCUCUUGAAAUCUGUAAUCUUUAGAAUUCCAAUAUUUUGUUUUUUUCCAUUUCUUCACUGGAGUCUUCGUAACUUGAACUAAGUUUUCACUUACUGACGCGCUUCCCAUUAAAAAAAAUCUGUAAAGAUCUCUACCUUGAAAACUUUAGUCUGCUGCUGCCAUUUAGAUAUUGGGACUGAUUUCUUGUUAUACAUUUUUAAAGGCUUUUUCCAAUACCCACCACAGAGAGGGUACCACUAAAAAUUUACAAGACAAAAACAUUAUUAUGGAAAGAUUUAGAAGUACCUGGAAUGACUUGUAGCACUGUAUGCAACUUUAAUCCUGAUAACUUCUAAAAGCAAUCUUUCAAAUUAGUCCAGAUUACUCAGCAGUACCUUAUAUUGGUUUGGGGUUUGAUAGCGAUUUUUUUUUCUUCCAACGAACGAAUUGUAUCGGUUGAUCACAACCUGCAUAGUUAACAUGUCAGAAUGACUUGCAUGUGAGUCUGGAGAACUGGGUAUGGUGGCUCACGCCUGUAGUAAUCGCAACACUUUGGGAUGCCAAGGCAGGCGAAUCACUUGAGCCCAGGAGUUCAAGAGUAGCCUGGGUAACAUAGCAAAACUCUACAAAAAGCACAAAAACUAGCCGCAGUGCACACCUGUAGUUCCCAGGCGGUCAAGGCUGCAGUGAGCCAUACCACUGCUCACCAUCCGGGGCGUAGGAGUGAAACCCUGUGUCCAGAAAAAAAAAUAUCUAAGGAAAAACAGACUGUCCUUAUUUUGUGGCUGCACUUAAUUUUCAGAAAGCAGGGCGGUUCUCAUGUUUUGUGCAUCAUAAACAAGAACUGGUUAAUACAAAACUUUGGACCAUACACUGGACUCACCUCUCUCUGCUUGUGCUAAAUUUCUCCUGGUUUUUUUUUUUUUGAGAUGGGAGUCUUGCUCUGUCGCCCAGGCUGGAGUACAACAGUGUAAUCUUGGCUCACUGAAACCUCAACCUCCCUGGUUCAAGCAGUUCUACUGCCUCAGCCUCCCGAGUAGCUGGGACUACAGGCAUGCGCUAAUUUUUGUAUUUUUAGUAGGGAUGGGGUUUCACCAUGUUGGCCAGGCUGGUCUUGAACUCCUGACCUCAGGUGAUCCACCUGCCUUGGCCUCCCCACCUGGCCAUCCCCUUUGCCUUUUAAGUUCUGCAUACUAUUAUUGCCAGCUAAGAUUCUUUUCAUGUUAUGUAGCUUUUUAACACCAUGUAAUAAGAGGAAUAGUUAAGAAUCUUAGUAGGCAUCGAGGGACUGGCACUACCGGCCUAACACCUGGGAGCUUUUUAGUAAUGUAAAAAUGUGGGUCCCCACUCCUCUAUCACUAUCUGCGCCUUAACCAGACCCCUAGGUGAUUCACAUGUACAUUUAACAUUUAGAACUCUGCUUUGUAAAGCUAUUACAGUAAUGCCAACAAAGAGCUUGCAUUACUUCAACCUUAAAGCCUAUGUGCCACCUUCUAAAGAUCCUGAUGAUAUUGUCACAAUAGGCUAGUCAGCAUAGAACUGUUAGAAAAAAGUACAUAUUUUGUGCAUUUUUCACUGAUCCUGUGCAUUUUUCACUGAUCCAAGAAUGUUUUUAGUCAUUUCCUUUUCAGUGUGUGAAACAGCCUAACAAUUCACUGGAGUUGAAAAGCUUUGUUAAAACAAAUUUGAAAUGGUUUAAAAACCAUUUAGUGGAUGGUAUCCACUAAAACUAUGCCUUAAAAGUUACCUUUUAAAAAAGACAUGUUCAUCUUCACAAGGUCAAUUUUCAUGUAUUAAAUUGUGUAUAGUGCUUUAAAGAGCUAUAUUCCUCAAAAAUAAACUAUAUAAAAAAGA